CAGCCCGGAGCUGGGCGCGGGCCAUGGCUGUGUCCGGGGUCCUGUCCCGCCUGGCAGCGGUGGCGUCGGUGGCGCCGGUGAUGCUGGUGAUGCUAGAGGCGUAUUGCGCGGCGGGUGCGGGCAUGGGCUCUUGCUACGACGACGCGGGGCGCGCACAGCGCUGUCUGCCUGAGUUCGAAAAUGCAGCUUUCGGCCGACGGGUCGAGGCCUCUCACACGUGCGGACGGCCCCCAGAGAACUUCUGCCCGCACGUGGGGGUGCCAGGCGCGGGACCACAGUGCCAGCGCUGCGACGAUACCGACCCCCAGCUCCGCCACGACGCCUCCUACCUCACAGACUUCCACAGCCCCGAUGACAGCACCUGGUGGCAGAGCCCAUCCAUGGCCUUCGGGGUGCAGUACCCCACCUCGGUUAACCUUACCCUACGCCUAGGGAAGGCCUACGAGAUCACCUACGUGAGACUGAGGUUCCACACCAGUCGGCCCGAGAGCUUUGCCAUCUACAAACGCACGCGCACCAACGGACCCUGGGAGCCCUACCAGUACUACAGUGCCUCCUGCCAGAAAACCUAUGGCCGUCCUGAGGGUCACUCCCUGUGGCCGGGUGAGGAUGAGAGGGUGGCCUUCUGCACCUCUGAGUUCAGCGACAUCUCCCCCUUGAACGGGGGCAACAUUGCCUUCUCUACCCUGGAGGGCCGUCCCAGUGCCUACAACUUUGAGGAGAGCCCUGUGCUGCAGGAGUGGGUCACCAGCACUGAGAUCCUGAUCUCUCUGGACCGGCUCAACACAUUUGGAGACGACAUCUUCAAGGACCCCAGGGUGCUCCAGUCUUACUACUACGCUGUGUCUGACUUCUCUGUGGGCGGCAGGUGCAAAUGCAAUGGUCACGCCAGUGAGUGCGGCCCCGACGAGGCUGGUCAGCUGGUGUGCCACUGCCGGCACAACACCACGGGUGUGGACUGCGAGCGUUGUCUGCCCUUCUACCAGGACCGUCCGUGGGCCCGUGGCACCGCAGAAGACGCCAAUGAGUGUCUACCCUGCAACUGCAGUGGGCACUCCGAGGAGUGCACGUUUGACAGGGAGCUCUUCCGGAGCACUGGCCACGGUGGGCACUGCCAUUACUGCCGUGACCACACAUCUGGGCCACACUGUGAGCACUGUGAGAGGAACUAUUACAGAUGGGGCCCCAGGACACCAUGCCAACCCUGUGACUGCCACCCAGCAGGCUCCCUGAGUCUCCAGUGUGACGACUCGGGCACCUGCCCCUGCAAGCCCACAGUGACAGGUUGGAAGUGUGACCGUUGCCGGCCCGGGUUCUACUCCCUCAGCGAGGGCGGCUGCAGACCCUGUACCUGCAAUGUUGCUGGAAGCUUGGGAACCUGUGACCCCCACAGUGGGAGCUGCCCCUGCAAAGAGAAUGUCGAAGGCAGCCUGUGUGACAGAUGCCGCCCUGGAACGUUUAGCCUGCAGCCCCACAACCCGGCAGGCUGCAGCAGCUGCUUCUGCUAUGGCCACUCCAGGGUGUGUGCCCCCGCUGCCGGUUUCCAGGCACACCACAUCCUCUCAGACUUCCGCCAUGGAGCUGACGGUUGGCAGGCCAGAAGUACGGGCUCAUCAGAGCGUCCUCUGCAAUGGAACCGGAAUGGGAUCCUCCUGCAAGGAGAGGAGGGACUCUCAGCACCAGAGAAGUUCCUGGGAGACCAGAGACUCAGCUAUGGACAGCCAGUCAUACUGACCCUCCAAGUACCGCCUGGGGGCUCCCCACCCGCUGUGCAUCUGAGACUGGAGGGGGCAGGCUUGGCUUUGGCUCUGAGGCCCUCCAGUCCACCCAGGCUUCAGGACUCCAGGCAGCCAGGACAGGUUCAGCUCCGGUUCCUCCUGCAGGAGACCUCUGAGGAGGCAGACAUCCCUCUGCCUGCCUUCCACUUCCAGCGGCUGCUUGCCAAUCUGACUGCCCUGAGCAUCUGGACCAGGGGCCAAGACCUGGGCCAUUCUGGAGCAGUGGCCCUCUGUGAAGUCCAGCUCACCUCGGCCCGGGCCCAGCGAGGGCUUGCUCCAGCAGCCUCUUGGGUGGAGUCUUGCUUGUGUCCCCAGGGAUACACAGGCCAGUUCUGUGAAUUCUGUGCCCUGGGAUACAAAAGAGAGAUACCUCGUGGGGGUCCCUACACCAGCUGCAUCCCCUGCACCUGCAACCAGCAUGGCACCUGUGAUCCCAGCACAGGGAUCUGCCUGUGUGGCCACCAUACCGAGGGUCCUUCCUGUGAGCGCUGCAUGCCAGGUUUCUACGGCAACGCCUUCUCGGGCCAUGCUGAUGACUGCCAGCCCUGUCCGUGCCCCGGCCGAUCAGCCUGCACAGCCAUCCCAGAGAGUGGGGAGGUGGUGUGCACACACUGCCCCCCUGGCCAGAGAGGACGUCGCUGUGAGAGCUGUGAAGAUGGCUAUUUUGGGGAUCCUCUGGGAUUCUCUGGAGCCUCCCAGCCCUGCCGCCAGUGCCAGUGCAGUGGGAAUGUGGAUCUCAAUGCUGUUGGCAACUGUGAUCCUCGUUCCGGCCACUGUUUGCGCUGCUUGUACAACACCACAGGCGCCCACUGCGAGCACUGUCAGGAUGGUUUCUACGGGAGCGCCUUGGCCACCAGGCCUGAGGACAAGUGUGCACCCUGCAGCUGUGACCUGAGGGGCUCAGUCAGUGAGAAGAUAACCUGCAAUCCAGUGACCGGCCAGUGUGCCUGCCUGCCUCACGUUACGGGGAGGGACUGCAGCCGCUGCAGCCCUGGCUUCUACAAUCUCAAGUCUGGAAGGGGCUGCCAGAGCUGUAACUGCCACCCGCUCGGCUCCUUGGAAAACAAGUGUCACCCCAAGACUGGCCAGUGCCCCUGCCGCCCCGGCGUCACAGGCCAGUCCUGUGACAGAUGCCAGCUGGGUUUCUUUGGCUUCUCCAUCAAGGGCUGCCGAGACUGUAGGUGUUCUCCGCUGGGCGCUGCUUCACCUCAGUGCCACGAGAACAGCACGUGUGUGUGCAGGCCCGGCUUCGUGGGCUACAAGUGUGAGCGCUGCCAGGACAAUUUCUUCCUCGUGGAUGGUGACACAGGGUGCCAGGAGUGUCCCACCUGCUACGGUCUGGUGAAGGAGGAGGCAGCCAAGCUGAAGGCCAGGCUGAUGCUGAUGGAGGGGUGGCUGCAAGGGUCUGACUGUGGCAGCCCCUGGGGACCACUAGACGUUCUUCAGGGAGAAGCGCCUCGAGGGGAUGUCUACCAAGGUCACCACCUACUUCAAGAGGCCCGGGAAACCUUCCUGGAGCAGAUGGUGGACCUGGAAGGUGCCAUGAAGGCCACAUGGAAGCAGUUGCAGGUGCUGAGAGGAAGCGUCCGCUGUGACCAGCCUGGAGCUCAGAAGGCCUGCGCCCAGCUGACGGAGCUAGGGGACACAUUGUGGUCCUCAGAGGAGGGGGUCCUGCGUGCAGCCUCAGCUCUUCCGUUUCUGGUGAAUCUUCAGGAAGGAUCCAGCCCACCCGCCAAUUGGAGCCAUCUGGCAUCAGAGGCCCACAUCCUUGCCAGGAGCCACCAGGACACAGCCACCAAGAUCGAAGCUGCUGCACAGAGGGCCCUGCUCGCCUCCAACACCAGCCAUGAGCACCUGUGGGAUCUGCUGAGAGGGAAGGAGGCCUUGGUGGCCCGGCGGGAACUGGAGGACAGGUACCAGGAGGUGCAGGCAGCCCAGACUGCCCUGGGCACAGCUGUGGCAGAGGUGUUGCCCAAAGCUGAGAGGGCACUGACCACUGUGAAGCAAGUCAUUGGUGAUGCUGCCCCACAUCUGGGCUUGCUGGUCACCCCUGGAACAAUGAAGAUCUGGUUCUCAGCCCUACCUGAACAACCGACAAUCUCCCCGCAGCCUCAGAACUCCCAAACCAGGCGUCUGGACUGGAAAGUGAAGGCCCUGGAACAGAAGCUGGCUCAGAAGGAGCGCCAGGCCAUCCAGGCUGAAGGAGCCCUGCAGGUGGAGGCUGGGGCAGCCCUAAAGAAGAUGGAGUCCUUCAUGCAGCUACGCAACAAGACCACAGCUGCCCUGACGCAGGCUUCCUCAGCUGUCCAAGCUGCCACACUGACUGUCAUAGGAGCCGAGACUCUGCUAGCUGACCUCGAGGGAGUGAAGCUGAGGUUUCCUCUGCCCAAGGAGCAGGCAGCACUGAAGAGGAGAGCAGGCAACAUCCGGGCCAGACUCCUGGAAGAGUCGAAGAGGAAGACCAGGCAGGCAGAGAGGAUGCUGGGAAAUGCUGCCGCUCUCUCCUCCAGCACCAAGAAGAAAAGCAAAGAGGCAGAACUGAUGGCCAAGGAGAAUGCCAAGCUUGCGAAAGCUUUGCUGAGGGAGGGGAAGCAGAGGCACCGUCGUGCCAGCCGACUGGCCAGCCAGACCCAGGCCACACUCCGCCAGGCCUCUCGGCUAGUACUCACAUCAGAAGCGCGCAAGCAGGAGCUGGAGGAGGCUAAGCAGGUGGUCUCUGGGCUGAGCACCGUGGAGCGCCAGAUCCAAGAAUCUCGAGGGUCUUUGGUGAAGGACAUCCAGGUUCUGUCAGAGCUGCUCGCCAAGCUGGGGUCCCUGGAUGCCCACCGAGCUCCUGCUCAGACCCUGAAUGAGACCCAGAGGGCACUGGAGAGCUUGAGGUUGCAACUGGGCUCACAGGGAGCCCUGCAUCACAAGCUGAGACGGCUGGAGCAAGAGUCUGCUCGGCAGGAGCUGCAGAUCGAGAGCUUUGAGAGUGACCUCGCUGAGAUCCGCGCUGACAAGCACAACUUGGAGACCAUUCUGAGCAGCCUACCAGAGCACUGUGCCAGCUAGACCCUGUCACCCCCUCCCCACCUUGCUGUUACCUGCCCACUCCCCAUAGGUGUCCCAGGUCUGCCUGCUGUGUGUGCAUGUGAAUGACCACACUCCCUUGCUGGUAUGUCCUGAUCCUCUUCAGUGUGAGUGGCAGGAGAGAGUACAUGCUCAUCCACAGGUGGCCCUGUGUGUGGCCCUGCACACGCAUCAACACCCCCCUCAGUGUGUGCUCCCUGCACACGCAUCAACACCCCCCUCAGUGUGCUCCCUGCACACACAUCAGCACACACCCCCUCUCAGUGUGUGCUCCCUGCACACGCAUCAGCACACACCCCCUCAGUGUGUGCUCCCUGCACACGCAUCAGCACCCCCCCUCAGUGUGUGCUCACUACACACGCAUCAGCACCCCCCCUCAGUGUGUGCUCCCUGCACACGCAUCAGCACACACCCCCACAGUGUGUGCUCCCUGCACACGCAUCAACACCCCCCUCAGUGUGUGCUCACUGCACACGCAUCAGCACACCCCCCUCAGUGUGUGCUCACUGCACACACAUCAGCACCCCCCCUAGUGUGUGCUCCCUGCACACUCAUCAGCACACCCCCCUCAGUGUGUGCUCACUGCACACACAUCAGCACCCCCCUCAGUGUGUGCUCCCUGCACACACAUCAGCACACCCCCCUCCAGUGUGUGCUCCCUGCACACGCAUCAGCACACCCCGUGUGUGCUCCCUGCACACGCAUCAGCACACCCCCCUCAGUGUGUGCUCCCUGCACACGCAUCAUCACAUCCCCCUCAGUGUGUGCUCCCUGCACAUGCAUCAGCACACACCUCCUCAGUGUGUGCUCCCUGCACACGCAUCAGCACACACCCCUCAGCAUCAGUAAGAGGCAUGUCGUUUACGUGUAUGUGUAAUGCACUUGUGUGUUCAGAACCAUCUGUGCAUAAACACACAUGACAGUCCGGAGCUGUCAAGAGGCAGCUAUGAGCUUGGAUGCAUCCUGGGUGAGCCCUGUUAUGAGAAAUCCUAUGACAUAUCUACAGCCCUCCCUCCAGAGAGUAGAACUCAAACAGCAGUGGCACCUCCAAGGCUGAGAAGUUAUCCACAGAGACCCAUACCCAUGGUCACAGAGCUGGCCCUGGGCCUACUGUGCUCCCAUAUCGCCCACUGGUCACGGUCAUGGGCAACUCUGAGAAUUGAGGUGCCAGGCAGAUCAAGAAAGGCCAGGAUUCUAAUGAUCCUCAGAAAUGUCAUCCAAGGUCGUGGUGUGGCUUGGGAGGCCCACAGGGCAAGGCACAGAUGUUAUUGUCUUUUGUGGACUCGUUCCCCCAGGGAUCUGGGUCUGCAGCAGUCUCAUUGAGGGAAGUGCCAACCCGGACCCAUCCUCCUCAGUCCUCUGAUCUACCUGAAGAACCAGGUUCUUCAGGGGCUGGGUCAUGAGGCCUCAAAUAGGCACUAGGAAUGGCCCUUGGUGCCCUGUUGACCUGGUUAGCCUUUGAUUGACUUUUCUCAAACCGGUCUUGUGGCCCCACCUACCAUGAAGGAUGCCACAGGGGUGUGGAAGCCUGGAUGUCAUUCUAGGCCUGCUGCCCAUGGCUGCCUCCACCCAGGAACCCCUGGCAUUUCUUCCUGAUGUUCCCCAUCUUUUUCUGGGCCCUCUCUUAGUACACAGCAGGGCCUAGGCCCUGGGAUAAGAGUCAUGUUUGCCAGCACCGCCCCUUCCCCAGGUCCCAGAGGAACUGAUGGUGAUGUGAACCAACUCUGAUUAUGAGAAAAUAAAGGACC